AUGAAAACUGGUUCUAAGCGAAAGUUUGGUGAUGAGAACGAGCAGGUGAAGUUGGCCAGUACAGUCUCCGAGAAAGGGAAGGAAGAUACUGUUCCCAUGGUCAAACCAUUGGCCAUUCGCGAUCUCAAAAACCGACGGAGUAUUAAGGAUCUGUCAUCUGCAAGACAGCCCAGCAAGGAGAAGCUGGGCAAUUCAGCAACAUCCGGUCCGCAGCGCAAGCCCCUCGCCGCAAAGAGCACGAAUGACGAUUUGUCAUCUCCCAAGAAGAGUACGAAGCCUUCUCCUGUUGAUGACCCAAUAUCGAAACCAAAUGCCUUAAAGGUCGCGUCUAUCAAGGAACAGCCCAAGGAUAAGAAAAAGCAGAUCCUGCGCUCGUCUGUCCAGAUACACCAGAACCUGCAGCAGCACAUCACGAUUCCGCCAGGGACACACCACCACCAGCAGACAUAUCAGUACACGGCGAGACGUCUCGACCUAGUAGGCGAGCCCGCACUUCCAUUAGCUACGCUGAGCCGAACCUGA